GCAGCUCUCCUGAAGCAGCAUCAGUAGUGGAACGCUUACACACACACACACACACACACAUGCAGAGACACGUAUUUACGCAUGCUGUAUUUUACUUCUUAUUCAGUACGAAACAGUGACUUUGACUUUACCAGCGUGUGUAGAUUUAUACCAAGAGAGAAUCGGCACUGUAAAUCAUGCACUGAUUGAAUCUGAUGGGACGAAGGAAUUUAGCGUUACUCAAGAUUCCUCGUGGUGUGCGCCAGCUCUGUCAGGAAGUCUGAUGUGAGAGGUCAGAGAGUCUCUGCUUUCAUCAUUCAUCUGUCUAUGAGCCCAUUUUCCCUCUUGAUUUUAGUAUCAAAGGUGUGCAUCUGAGUCAGUAGCGGUGUGAAGGUUGGAGCCAGCCAGUCGGAGGAGAGAAAUGUGGCCGCAGGGGCAGUGGGCUCCUCUGGCUGUGUUGUCAAUCAUCUUGCUGCUGUCGGAGGAGGCGACUCUCAUCGAUGUGCCUGCAGACCCAAGGAUCCAGCAGGACUUAAAACAGCCCCCCACUUUAAUAAAGCAGUCAGCUAAGGACUAUAUUGUGGAUCCCAGAGAUAACAUCGUCAUUGAUUGUGAGGCCAAGGGCAAUCCUGUACCAACGUUUUGGUGGAGACGAAAUGGGAAGUUUUUCAAUGUAGAGAAGGAUCCCCGUGUGUCCAUGAGGAAACGCUCAGGCACCGUGGAGAUUAGCUUUAGGAAUGGAGGAAAGCCUGAAGACUAUGAGGGAGAAUACCAGUGCUUUGCUAUGAAUGACUUUGGCACUGCCAUAUCCAACAAAAUACUGCUCAGAGUUUCCAAGGCACCGCUGUGGCCUAAAGAGGUUUUGGAGCCAAUUUUAAUAAGUGAGGGAUCAUCUCUGGUUCUGCGCUGUAACCCACCUCCUGGCCUUCCCCCACCUAAAACAUUCUGGAUGGACAGUAAAAUGAUGCCCAUAGUGCAGGACGCUCGAGUGUCCAUGGGUCUGAACGGAGAUCUUUACUUCUCUAACGUGCUCGCUAAGGAUGCCAACACUGACUACAGCUGCAAUGCCCGAUUUCUCUUCACACACACCAUCCAACAGAAGAAUCCUUUCAUCCUCAAAGUUCAGACAAAGGAGCCUUUUAAUGACACUGUGUACUCUUCAAAUGACACUGACGUGUAUGGUGCACGGAACAUUCAAGAAACAACACCUACCUUUCUCUCUCCCUCUGGAAUGUCCAGUUCCAAACUGGUGCUCCGUGGAGAGGAGCUUCUCCUGGAGUGUAUAGCUGCUGGAGUACCAACUCCUAGAAUUAAAUGGUUUAAGAAAGGAGGAGAGUUACCAGAGGGGAAGGUCAAAUUCGAGAACUUUAAUAAAACUCUGGUCAUAUCGUCUGUGUCAGAUGAGGAUUCUGGAGACUACAUCUGCAUGGCCAGUAAUAAGAUGGGCAGCAUCCGCCACACUAUCUCUGUCCAGGUUAAAGCUGCUCCUUUUUGGCUACAUAAGCCAUCUAACCUUGUCCUGGCUCCUAAUGAGGCUGGCCAGCUGCAGUGUUUAGUCCGUGGAAACCCCAAACCCAGCCUUCAGUGGCUGGUAAACGGAGAGCCCAUAGAGAGUUCACCGGAUAAUCCAAGUAGGAAGGUGGUUGGUGAUGCGAUCAUUUUCAACUCAGUGCAAAUUGGCACCAGUGCUGUGUACCAGUGCAAUGCCUCAAACGAACAUGGCUACCUGCUGGCCAAUGCUUUUGUCAACAUACUGGAUAUGGCACCUAGGUUAUUGGGACCCAAGAACCAGCUGAUUAAGGUGAUCGAAAACAAACAAGCCUUUCUGGAUUGCCCUUUUUUUGGCUCACCCUACCCAUAUGUGCGAUGGUUUAAGAAUGGACAGGGCAUAGUUCCGAAUGGUGGGAAGUACACCUUGCAUGAGAAUGGAACGCUGGAGAUCAAGCGAGUUCAGCCUGAAGACCAAGGAACGUAUACUUUUGUGGCAAGCAAUAUCCUGGGCAAAGCUGAAGAUCAGGUCCGUUUGGAAGUCAAAGAGCCAACACGGAUCGUUCAAGCUCCAGAGCACCUCUCUGCCAACAAAGGAACUAUGGCUCGUUUUAACUGCAAAAUUAAACACGAUUCUACACUCCCCAUUACUGUUACCUGGCUCAAAAACGACAAGCCCCUGAAUUUCUUUUGGCCGAGCAGGUAUAAGAAGGAUGAGGACUCGAUGUCCUUUAGCAACAUCCAGUCUGACGAUGAGGGAACAUACGUUUGCACAGUUACUACAGAGUUAGACCAGGACUCUGCCUCUGCCCGCCUUAAUGUUUUAGAGGAUGAAUCCAUAGCUCCCUCAAAACCUAGUGCCUUAGCAGAUCGUCCUGAUCCCCCUCAGGAUCUGGAGCUGUCUGAUUUAUCAGCACGCUCUGUCCGGCUCACCUGGAUCCCCGGGAACGAGAACAACAGUCCUGUUACACAAUUUCUUGUUCAGUAUGAAGAGGACAGGUGGCGUCCAGGUGAAUGGCAAAAUUUAUCGAGUUACGCAGGAGAUCAGAAUUCUGUGAACCUGGAUCUGUCUCCGUUUGUGAACUAUCAGUUCAGAGUGAUCGCCAUAAACAGUGUGGGUCAAAGCCGACCAAGCCGGCCAUCAGCCCGCUACCAGACCAGUGGAGCACCCCCUUAUGUUAAUCCCCGUGGCCUUAAAGGGUGGGGUACUAAGAAUACCAACAUGGAGAUCACUUGGCAGCCCUUACUCGAUAACGAAAGGAAUGGACCUGAACUUCGUUACGUGGUCUCAUGGAGGACGAAGGACUCAGGGGAGCAGUGGAAAAACAUCACUACUACCAAUACAAAGCAUGUGGUCACUAAUACAGACACUUAUGUCCCCUAUGAGAUCAAGAUUCAGGCAGUCAACGAGUUUGGUUCAGGUCCUGAGUCAAACAUAGUGAUUGGCUACUCAGGAGAGGACAAGCCAUCUGAAGCACCAGGAAACCUCAGAGUGACAAAAGUAAACAGCAAUAAAGUGAAUAUAAACUGGAACCCUGUUGAGGCCAGAUCCAUUAACGGAGAGUUUAAGGAGUACAGGCUAUACUACUGGAGGGAGGCCAGCCUGGUGAAGGACUUAAAGGUGAAUAAGGACAAGAAAACAAAAGGUUUCUUUAGCGAUGUGUCUCAGAGCAGUGGCGUCCUGAUGGACCUCGUCCCUUACAGCAAAUACAAGAUGUACAUGGUGGUGGCCAACAACAAAUUCGAGGGACUGCACAGCAACACGGUGGAGUUUCAGACCAAGGAAGGCUUGCCAGGGGCGCCCAAAUAUUUUAGGAUUGUCCAGAGGAACAGCGGCGUUCACUUACAGUGGAAUAAACCUCUAGAACCGAAUGGGAUUCUGAUCGGAUACACACUCCAAUACAAGACAGUGAAUGGGACGCAAGAGGGCAAUCUCCAGGUCAUGAACUUCUUCCCUAAUCAGACAGAGCACACCAUGCAACUGCCUGAUCGCUUUACCCGCUACAAGUUUUUCCUGUCUGCCCGGACGCAGGUCGGCUCGGGUGAGGUCUAUGCUGAGGAAUCGCCUCAUUUUUCCAAUGAAGACUUGACUUCAAGUACUGACCCUACAGGUGUAGUGAUCGAGUCUACAGAAGUCUUCAUGCUUGCAACUCUUCCUCCCCUCUUUUCCCCACCUACAUUCCCAAGUACAACCAUUACAACCUCAGCAACUACCACCAUUCCCCCAACAACCGAUGCUGCCCCCACUACUCCUGCUCCAACUACUACAACUACAACAACUACUACUACAACUACUACAACUACAACUACCACCACUACAACUCUCCCCACCCUGCCUUUCAUGCUGGCCCCGCGUGUAAAGAUCUGGAAUCUGACCGUGGAUGCUAACAGUGACUAUGCUAACGUCAGCUGGAAGCACAACUUCCCGGUUGACAGCAGCGAGUUUGUGCUAGAGUUCACACUGGACAGUAAUGGGUCUAUGAAAACUGUGCUGUUCAAACAUGAACCCCCCAUUAAGCUGGCUGGGUUGAUAGCUGGAGCUAAGUACCGGCUCCGUGUGUAUUCCCAUGAACAGCCCAGCAUCACCAGCGAGUAUGUCACCUUCGAGACCAGUGGAGCCUACGUUACAGACCAAGUCGACAUUGCUACGCAGGGUUGGUUCAUUGGUCUCAUGUGUGCCAUCGCACUUCUUAUUCUCAUCCUGCUCAUUGUUUGCUUCAUCAAAAGAAGCCGAGGAGGGAAAUAUCCAGUAAGAGAUAAAAAAGACCUCCCUUUGGACCCGGUGGACCACAAAGACCAGGAUGGAUCAUUUGAUUACAACAGCGACGAGGACAACAAGCCAUUACAGGGAAGUCAGACCUCUCUAGACGGCAACGUCAAGGAAAGUGACGACAGUCUAGUAGACUACGGAGAGGGAGGGGACGGCCAGUUCAAUGAGGACGGCUCUUUCAUAGGCCAGUACACAGUCAGGAAGGAUAAGGAGGAGACGGAGGGCAAUGAGAGCUCAGAAGCCACAUCACCCGUCAAUGCCAUAUAUUCUCUGGCAUAGAUUCUUCCGGAAUGAACACAAGGCCAAAUGCACACACAGUUAAUUCAAUAUAUACAUAGAGAGAAAUCUGGAACCGCAUAUAUACACACUUAACAUUGAGAUGCACAGUCGCUAUGAAGAAAUCAGGGAUGAGAAAACAAACCCCUGGUGGAGGAAAUUCAGAACUCAGACUUCAGUGUGCCUUUAGGGCAAUGGGGCACAGGAAAGACAAGGCAACCUGAGACUUUCAAGCAUUUUCUGUGGCUUAUUUUUUAUUUUUUUGAAAUCCUGAACCCACAUUCACACUUUCUAAUAUCAGUGAAAAGCAGACACAAGCAGCAGUCCUGCGACUGUGGGCUGAAACAACAAAGGAACGACGGCAAUGCCAAAAAUCUGAUAAACGCGUCAAUAAAAGAUUUAUGAAUGCUGAAAUCAGUGCUGGCACAGCUUGCUGUACCAUAGAAAUCUAUGCACUAAUCUAGUACCAUGAUUUACCUUUGGUUAAAAUUGGGUGAUCAAAUGUUUUCUUCUGCAAAAAGCAUUACGUUACUGUUAGGUCACUGUUAAGUCACUGAAAUGCUAUACUUCCUGGCACCUGUGCUCUAGCAGUGGACAAGUCUGCUGUAGUUUGCCUAUCUUUGCAAGUAUAUUUUCAUUGGCUGCAUUUAUAGCCUUUGUAAUUAUCACUGCUGAUGUUUAUGGAGUCAAAGGCAAGCACCAUCAUUUAUCAAAAAUAAAAUAUAUCAGAAAAGACAAAAAAAA